UAUGGAUGAAGAUACACCACAUUAGUUUCUAAAUGCUCGACUGGUCGUCAGCAUUUUUUUUCUUACCAGACAUUUCAUGAUUUAUUCAUUAAAAAAAUACAUAAAGUGCUAGUAGACCCGGAGAAGCCGCGUCCCAGGGGAGACAGAAGGCUGAGAUCAAUCUCUAUUAAUUGAAUUGGCUGGGAACUGAUCCAGUUAAUCUCUUUAGACUUUUUUUUUUUAAUCAGACAAAUUUUGUUUGUGGUUCUACGCAAAACACGUGCAAGUCGAUACGGUUUUAGUCUCUUUCUUUUUGGCCAGUCAAAACAAUUGUACAUUUUUGGAGGAACACGAUGCCAUUCGAACAAAAUGCAGCGCAGAUCAAUUAAAUCCAACAAGAACAUCAGCAAUAUUUUGUUGACGUGUGUUUUGUUAUUUACCAAGCCGAUUUCCUCAAAGUUAUAUUGCACGGGUUCUAAAUUGUAGCUCGGUAUGCAAGUUAGCAGAAGUCGAUGUUUUUACUGCAUAUGUGCCGCAAUCAAAAGAGUGCUUGUUUUGUGGUUCAAAGGUCCGAAGUACAAUAGUCUGAAAAGAAGUACCGUCUCUUCAAAAUCCCAGUCACAGAGGACAGAGGCAUAUACAGUAAAUGAGAUCGUUUCUCUCCAUUUGCGUGUCAUCAAGUGAAAUAAACUUGAGCAGAGUACCAUGACAUUCGCCUCCUACACCCCGCGGGGGAUCAGCAGGAUAAGGGAGAAAAUCACCGAGCUGCCCCUGUACCACUCGGGUGUCCUGUUUAUGAAACACCCCGCAGAAAAGGAUUUUAAGAAGUAUUACGCAGAGCUGAGAGGAUGUACGAUUUUCCUGUACACGGAUAACAAAGAAGACACGUGCACCGAGCGGCUGGAGCUGCGAGACCUGAAGGCUAUGCAGAAGGUGGCAUCCGAGUUCGGCUCAUCUGUCUACUCGCUAAUCCUGCCCAAAGAGGAGGUUCAUCUGAAGGCCAGCAGUCCAGAUGCCGAGGAGUGGAGAGGUUACAUCGCGGCAGCGACCUCGAUGGAGAUACCAAACGAUCUGGGUCUGCUCCCGGGUCAAAUGAUGAGACUGGAAGAAGUCAGCAAGGAGGAGCGUAGAAGGACCAGCCUUCCUCUCAAGGAGGGCGACUCUCUCGGGGCUCCAUGCAGGACCAACAGUCACAUCACAGCUGACCUUCCCUCAUGUUUCUACAACGUCACCCGUCAGGAAGCAGUGCAGAUGCUGGAGGCCGACCCAGAGUGGGGCAACCUCAUUUUGCGACCAUCUGCUGACUGCGGCGGUUAUGCCGUUUCCACGAGAAGGAUAAUCUCCGGAGAUGCUGUAAUAAAACAUUACAAGAUUCAGCCAAGUUCCUCUGGGUUUGUCAUCCAGCUGCAGGCCAGUGUGACGGCGCCCAGCCUCAAUGAAGUUGUGCUUCACUUCGUUAAGCAAACCGGACUCCAGCCCUUUGUCAAGCCCCAGCACAACGAUACCCGCAUAAAGGUUUGCGGGACGAAACCCGACGUCACGGCGGAAUCGGUGCGACUCCAGAAGUGGUCAGUGCCUCCCGGGGCAGCGUCUUGGCAGAACACCCCGCCGGCCAGGUCUGGGCGAGCGCCGCGUAUGAACCUGCAUGGAGUCACAGAUUCGGAAGCCAACACGUGAUAAAAGGAGCAAAUUAAGGGAAAACUGCAAAACAUAAAACACCACAACAUUAAUUUAAACCGGCACUUAUUGAAUCAUAUUGACUUGCCAUUGACUGUACACACAGUUUAGGCCUAUCUACCAUAGCGAACACUCUGAAAUUGUAAUUAAUGAUAAUUAGGCACAGCUAAAACGAAUUGUGUAGUUUACGAAACACACAUCUGAUAUUGCGAUAUUUCACCCGUAUUGUGGUAAAGGUGUUCAAGCUAUCCGAAACUACUGCAGUUCCUGUGGCAAGGUACAGGAUAUUUUAAAAGGAAUCGCAGAUCUUCCAUGGCGGGGAAUUUUUUUUUUUUUACCAUUUAUUGUUAAGUUUUCUUCUGAAGACAGUGAACACACUGGCCUUAAAAUUGUAUUUCUACUGUAUGACAAAAUAAUUACCAACAUUGAACAACUUAAGUCAGGAUUGCCAGCUACCAUCAGCUGACUGGCAUGAGAUUUUCAAUUUGAGUCUGCACACAGAUUUAUAUGUAUUUAAGAGUUUUAUUACCUUGUAAAUAGUCUUUAGGGCUUUCAAGCUACCCCAACACUUUUAAUGUAGCUAAUUUUAGAUUUAUAAUGGAAUAAUACAGAUUUUCCAUAAGAUUUUUUGCAUGAGUGUCAUGCCAGAUGCGUGAGAGCUGGCAACCUUAAGUGAUUUAAAAAAAAAUCCAAAACUGCAGGAUAUGCAAGUGAACAUAAUAGUAAAAUAAUAAUAGCAACCUUGUGGUAGAUGGAUGGAUGGUUAUUUUCUCCCUUCCAGCGUUUAAUGGCUGAUACACUUUAACAGUUAAAAUAGAAGAUUCUAGAGGACAUUAAAAACGUGUGGGACUACGCUGUGUGGCGGGGAUUCACUUUAACGAGAGCGCUGAACGCUUUGGUGAAAGUCGUCCAUGGUGUUCUUGAUGACCGACAUUUAGCUGGACUUAAUGUUUUUAGAAAACAUGUGGCCUGUACUACUUAGUGGGGUUACUGGCUUAUCAGGGUAGCUUGUCGGAUUUAAGGUACCACAGUUUAAAUGGACUUCAUGCUCGUUCACUUAGAUUUCGCCCAGACUACUUUAAAUCUGACAAGUUACCCCGAUAAGCCAGUAACCCCACUUCAUAGUACAGGCCACAGGUAUGGUCCAUCUGAACCUCAUUCUGCAAACAGUUGUGGCAAGCCUGUCAUAGGAAGCACAGGACAUUAGGAAGGGAUAGGAUACCAGUCCAUGACAGGUCUCGGUGUGUGUCUCUCUCUCUCUGAUAUGAAAUAAAGGUCCAGAUUUGAACAGCC